UGUUGAUCUCUAGACCAGAUAUGGGCAACGAGAGCAAAACCUCGACUUUGGAAUCGGAGCAGAAGGCUCUUCUUCUCCGUUCGAUUGCUCAAUACUUGGGGCGAUGUGGGUUUUCCAAAUGCUUCAAGAAACUUCUCUCCGAAGCUGAAAUCGAGAAGAAGGAAUUGAACACAAGUUUACCUGAUUUAGAGGAUAUUUUCAGCGAGUUUUUGAAGAAGAGAGAUCAUGAAGCUGCAGCUAAUGGAAAUACCGAGGCGAAUGUAGUGGAAGGUGUAGAGAAUGUGAAGAAGGAGAAGAAGAAGAAGAAGAAGAAGGAAACAAAGGUGGAGGUAACCGAGGAGGAGAAGGUCAAAGAGACUGAUGCUGAGAUCGAAGAUGGAGUUAAGGAGAAAAAGAAGAAGAAAAACAAGUCGAAGUCUGAUGAUGAUAAGGAGAAAGUAUCCAAGAAAAGGAAAAGAUCAGAGCCUGAAGAGACUAAAGAAGAGACUGAGGAUGAUGAUGAAGAAUCAAAACGUAGGAAGAAGGAAGAGAAUGUAGUUCAAGAAACACCUGUUAAGGAGACUGAAACUAAGGAUAACGGAAAUGUUGAGAAAAGCGAAACGAAAUCAACAAAUCAGAAGUCAGGAAAAGGGCUUUCUAACUCAAAAGAGCCGAAGAAACCGUUUCAGAGGGUGAACGUUGACGAAAUUGUGUUCACUGAACACAGCAACUCGUACAAUUCAAAGUCUGGUGCUGCAUAUGGCUAUGGUCUUAAAGCUCAAGAGGUUCUCGGGCAAGUGAAAGGAAGGGAUUUCCGACAUGAGAAGACGAAGAAGAAACGAGGAAGCUACAGAGGAGGAUCGAUCGAUCUUGAGUCACAUUCGACUAAGUUUCUUAACUCAGACUCGGAAUAAGAAUGAUUGAUAAGCAAACAACACUGCCUUUUUCACAUUGCCUCUUUUUGAUUUAUCUUUUUUUUUUCUUUUGCUUUGAUCAUUUCAAUACCCUAAAAGGGCUCAAGUUUUGUGUCCACUAAUCUUAUAAGAACAUGAUUCAGUUUCAGUUUCUUCUUCACUAAAUUGACUUCAAAGGU